AAAAAAAAGCAAUAAAGAAGUUGUAACUCUCUACUCUUAACCACCAAAUCUAAAUGGCUUCUCCAUCAUCACCAAUAACUCUCAAAAACCCAAGAUUUAUCUCUUCUUCUCCUCACAAGAUCUUUAAAACCCAACCCCAUACCCUAGUUUUGACAAAAAAGUUCAAGACAUGUUCCAUCAUUUUCUCAUCUUCAUGCACAAGCAUAAGCUAUUCAACGACUCAACAGAAGCAGCCAAAGAAACAAACCCAUGUGUCGGAUAACAAACGAGAAGAAGAAGAGGAAGAAAAAGAAGUUAGUCUUCGAGAAAUUUGGAGAGAAGUACAAGGUUGCAAUAAUUGGGAAGGACUACUAGAUCCGAUGAACAAUCAUCUUCGAAGAGAGAUCAUACGUUAUGGCGAAUUCGCUCAAGCUUGCUAUGACUCAUUCGACUUCGAUCCUCACUCUAAAUACUGUGGCUCUUGCAAAUACCAUCCUUCUGAUUUCUUCUCAAACCUUGACCUACAUCUCCACAAAGGCUACACCAUAACACGUUACCUCUACGCUACAUCCAACAUCAACCUCCCAAACUUCUUCCAGAAAUCCAAACUCAGCUCCAUUUGGAGCCAACACGCCAACUGGAUGGGUUAUGUUGCUGUAGCUACGGACGAAGAAGAGGUGACUCGGCUAGGGAGACGUGACAUAGUCAUUGCUUGGAGAGGCACAGUCACUUAUCUCGAAUGGAUUUAUGACUUAAAAGACAUUCUUUGUUCGGCUGACUUCGGUGACGACCCAUUGAUCAAGAUUGAAUUAGGGUUUCAUGACUUGUACACCAAGAAAGAAGAUUCUUGCAAAUUCUCUUCCUUUUCGGCUAGGGAACAGGUUUUGGCCGAAAUCAAACGGCUUCUUGAGUACUACAGUACCGAAGAAGAAGGUCAUGAGAUAAGCAUCACCGUGACUGGGCACAGCCUUGGCGCAUCUCUUGCUUUGGUCAGUGCUUAUGAUAUUGCGGAGCUAAACUUGAAUCACGUACCGGAGAACAACUACAAAGUUCCAAUUACUGUUUUCUCCUUCUCGGGACCUCGAGUAGGUAACUUGAGGUUCAAGGAACGAUGCGACGAACUAGGGGUUAAAGUUCUGAGAGUGGUUAACGUACACGACAAGGUACCUUCUGUUCCAGGGAUAUUCGCAAACGAAAAGUUUCAGUUUCAGAAGUAUGUAGAAGAAAAAACAUCAUUCCCAUGGAGCUACGCGCACGUUGGCGUGGAGCUUGCCUUGGACCACAAGAAAAGCCCAUUUCUGAAACAGACUAAGGAUUUGGGUUGUGCACAUAACCUAGAAGCUUUGCUUCAUUUAGUAGAUGGAUACCAUGGAAAAGACGAAGAAGCACAGAAGAGAUUCUGUUUGGUGACAAAGAGAGACAUAGCUUUAGUGAAUAAGAGUUGUGAUUUCUUGAGAAGUGAGUACCAUGUGCCGCCUUGUUGGAGACAAGACGAGAACAAAGGGAUGGUCAAGAGCAGCGAUGGACGGUGGGUUCUGCCGGACCGACCACAGCUCGAACCUCACCGACUGGAGGAUAUCGCUCAUCAUCUUCAACAAGUUCUUGGGAAGGUUAACGAUGGUAAUUUUAAACCCACAACGACUUAAUUAAGUCGAAAAUUAAAUAUAAAUAGUUACUAUAAAUGUGUGUGUCACCUUUAAUAAAUUGAGUAUGCUAGU